CCAGCCUUGGGGGGACAGUCGUGGGAAAAGGGGGGGCACACCUCCCCUCUCUCCCCCCCUGCUCCAGGACGCAGAGCCAGUAACCCUCAGAGAAAGUUGCAGGGGCCCACGGGAAGCAUCUCCCAACUUUUCGGCCGGAGGACGGGAAAAAAAAAUAACAACCGUGGUUUGGAAGAGGUGGCCAACGAGGGGACUGAGACGUUUGCCCUGCCAGCCCACCCCAAACUCCCAUCACCCCCUGCCCCAUCUGUGACCAGCUCCCACGCAUGCGGCAGCGGCAGAAGAAGUCGGCGGAUUAAGCCCUAAGCCUGUGGCCAGACGCAGCUUCCAGCAGCCGCCGCAGCACCGGGAGUGACCCCGGACCCCCCGCCCCGGGGACACCUCCAUGCCACCACCAUCCUAAACACUGGGGACGUACCCGCUGCAGGUCAUCUCAUGAGAACAACGAAGUGCAGGGAAGCAGGGCAACAAGCACCGUUCCCACCCACUGAAAGCCAAGGUGACGUGAGCCGUUCCCCUGAGAGCAUCGGAGCAGGAGCAAUGGGGAGGCCAGGGAUGUGACAGGCCACCCCGGUGCUGGAAGCCUGGUGAGGGCUGGUUUUUGGGGCUUUUGCAGGGGCAAGGUGAGGUGAGGGGUGCAACAUGAGCCUGGGGAAGCUGCCAAUGCUCAGCUGGGUGUCGGGCUCCCAUGGCAAGCGGCGGCUGAAGUCAGAGCUGACACCGGACAUGAUCAGCCCACCGCUGGGGGACUUUCGGCACACCAUGCAUGUGGGGCGUGGUGGGGAUGUCUUCGGGGACACCUCCUUCCUCAGCAACCACGGUGGGGCCGAUACGGCCAAAGCCAACAACUUCUUUGCCCGGACACUGCGGCACGUCCGCCGGACACCACUGAGGAGCCGGGGCAGCGGGGGCCAAGCUGGGGCAUCACCCGCCCCCCCAGCCAUCUCACCCAUCAUCAAGAAUGCUGUCUCACUGCCGCAGCUCAACGAGGGGACAUAUGACGGCAGCGGUGGCCGGGGCUUGACCAGCAAGUUCUCCUUCAAAAGUGCCUCCAACAGCUUCUCCAAAACACACCAGGCCUACGGGCUGGAGUCCGGGUUUUGCACCAUCCCUCGCGUCCCUCGCUUGGAAAAGGCCCAAGAAAGCGCCUUCCCUGGGGAAGCAGAGCUGAAGCGCUCGGACUCCCUGCUCUCCUUCCGCCUGGACCUGGGGCCCUCCCUGAUGAGCGAGCUCCUCCAGGUGAUGAGCUUCUCUGAAACCAAUGGGAGCGAGGUGGGGGACGAUGGCCCAGACCUCCCGUGUGGUGAGGGGACCAAGGACGAGGUCUCUCCAGCGUUAGGAGCAUCCCACGGAGAGGACAAGGCAGCUUCCAGCUUCUGGGACCACUCUGGGCAAAGCAGCCUGUCGGGGGCCAGCUCGCUGCCAGGACUGUCAGUCCGUGCCAAUGGAGAGGCACACGCCAUCGAGGGCGCUGGAGAGGACCCUGUCUGGGCUUCGGGGCUGGGGGCAGCACCCAGAGGGACCCCGUGGCAGGGGCACUGGAACGACUGCACCAUCGAGGCGGGAGAGUUUGACCGGGCAGCCCAGGUCCUGGCCCGCCAUUACGGUGGGACCAGCACCCCGCGGAGCUCGGAGAAGGGCGAGGGUCCCCGGCAGGCCCGGACGCAGACCCUGUGGGAGAGCCCCAGCAGCAGCUUGUGGGCUGUGCAUCGCAGCACCGGGCAUCGCAGCCCUCCUGAGGUCACCUGGAACCAAGGAGAAGAGGAGGAGGAGGCAGCAGCCGAGCUCUCCAGCCUGCAGGAGGGGUAUGCUGGUGCCCGGGGGAUGCGCAGCAAUUCCUUCGAGUACGCGGACGACGACGAGGAGGAGGAUGAUGAAGUCAAGGUGUGAACGGCCAUCCCUCCUGUCACGGCCCCCCACCAGAGGCACCGGUGCCAGGGUCUUCACCCUCCUCCCUGUCCCCCACCCUCAGGCGCCAGCGUUGCCAGUGGACCCAGUGGGCGACCUCCUUGCCAAGCUGGGGGCACUGGGGGGCAGGAGGAGAGCCCAUCUCCCAGGGGGCUCCCCAGGGCUGGGUCAGGCUGCUGCGGGGGACCGGUGAGGGCUGUGCAUCGCAGCACCGGGCAUCGCAGCCCUUCCCUGGCCUCACUGCUGUUAGACGCCAAAGGGACAUUCCCAUGUGCCAAAGAAACCCCAAACCCCUUCCUACCCCAUCCCAUUCCCCCCAGUGCCCUCUCUCCCAUCCCUCAGCCUGGCUCCAUCAGCAUGUCUGGGGACGUGCCCCGUCCUCCCACUGAAGCCCCCAAACACCCUCUGCGCUGGCACGGGUGGCCUCCUGGAGAUAUUCCCACUGAUAGCUCUGGCAUAUAGGGGAUGGGGGUCUCCCCAGCUCCAGAUGGUGCAAGACCUUCCUCUAUAGCACAUCUGUCUACUGGGGGAGGUCAGCUGGGGGCUCAAGGGGCAGGCAAACCCCACAGAGCUGGGCUUUCCCUUUUCCCCUCCCCCCAGAAAAAGCCGUGAGCUCAGCGUUCAGGAGGUAAGAGCACACACAGAGAUAAUUGCAGGGGUCUUUCCACUUGCCUCCUGCUGCUGAGCAUCACUUAAGACUGCUCCUUUUCCAACCCCUGCCCCCUCGCAGCAGGGAGGGGAGAAACUUCUUGGCUGGCUGGAGGCAGAGGCGAGGUUGUCAGGUCACCAAAUUCUGCAGUUCAGGCCCCAAAAAUCCCUUCCCUUCCCCCCACCUCAGAACAAGGAGACUCCCGCUCUGCAGCCACUCAGUCUGUGCCACAUCUUCUCCAUCCUUGCCCCCUCUCCUCAUUCCCCACGUGCGCGCCCCUCUUUCCAGCAUGCCCCUUCCCAGGGGUACGCAUGGAGGACAGCUAAUGCCCCUCGCUGAGUGGCCCUGGGCGAUGUGGCCGCCCUGGAACGAGCUGUCCCCCACGCUGCCCCGCGUGCAAACUGGCCCUCACAAAAGCACCUUUGUGCUGCAGCGUGGAGCCGAGAUGCUCGGGGGCUGAGGUCACCAGAGGGACCCUCACAGGACCCCCCUUGUUCUCCAGGACAGGAGGGGGUGUGCAGCAGGGGGAGAUGCCAGGCUGUGGCCGCAGGGCUCUGCUCCCACACAGCUCACCCACCGCCCGGCUGCUUCUGGCAGGGAGCUCUUCAGAGCGGAAUAAAGAGGCUCCGGCAUGCACGUGUGUUGUACAUGGGAGUGCCACUCGCAGUCAUGCCAUCGAGGUUACGGGCAAGCCCAUCUCCCCCAGCUUCCCUGGGUGGCUGCCUCGUGCUGGCCAGCAGCAGCAAGCCAGGGCAGGCAGCAGCUUCAAGGAGUCCCCAGCUCUGGCCACUGGCACCCAGCAGGAUCAGCCUUAUCACCCCUGCACUCUCUGGGGCAGGGACCCUGGCUCUCAGGACGAGCUCACCCCGCCCUCCGCUUCCCAGACAGUAACACAAGCUCCGGACCAAAGACCCACAUCUGUGGAAUAUCCUUUCUGCCUCCACUCUGUAUCCCAUGCACUUAUUAUUGUCCUUAUUAAAGCAGUUUUGAUAC